CUCGGGGAACGCGGAACUCUUCGACCUGGCAUAAGACACAUCGACUGGCACUCACCAUCACACCUUACUGUUAUCAGACGGCAGAUAUUCACGCAAAGUCUCACCGAGGACUGACCUCGUACAGUAUUGCACUUUUGAACCGUACUCCGCUGCGUUGGGGACACACCUAAACGAAGGAGGGCUAUCCCUACUGCCACUUCAUCAUCAUUACUACCUGGCCAGUAGCCCCGCGCAUCCCGGCGUGGCUAGGCCAGGCUGCAAACAUGUCGGCGCAUUCAGCACCUGAAGAGCCCGGCUCGCAAGAAAACCUCGUUACGGGCAAUCGAGAGCUGGCCUUGCUGACGCCGCGUGACGCGCUCUUGCCGCAAACUUCAUCUUCUCUACCUUUCUCAUCGCCGGCUGCCGAGCGUGGCGAUGCUACCCCGCGGGUGCCGGUCUCUAGAACGGCCACUGUUGAUGCCCAACCAAUUGCCCUAGUUGCGGAUUCAUUAGACUCCGAGCACCUGGAAUUCCACCCUGGGGUUCUCGAUGACCGGAUGCGGCCAGCCGCGGGUCAAAUUGUGGAUGUUUCAUGCCCGUCACCAGGUACGGCAGCCUCGCCGGGUGUGUCUCGAUCCGCGCCUGAUGCGUCAUCUACUCAAGAACCGCAUGAUGAAGAAAUGGUGGAUGUCAUGGUGACGAGGCCGUCCUCUUUGCUUCGCUGGGGGUGGGACUCGCUCAGUCUAGACGGCCUGCCGAAUGAGGUCUUGAUGCAUAUACUCACCUUCCUAGAUGUGGGCGAUCUACUAGCUACGUCAAGGAUCAACCACCACUUUAGGACUCUGUGCCUACACCCUAUCUUGCACACCCUGCGCCUUCGGCGCGCUCGUGUGUGCUUGCCACCCCUUCUAACGUCACCCUCACGACCGACCCUCGCAGAGUUAAUCGCACGUCAUAUCUUCCUAACUCAUACCACGCAGAUCUCACGGCGUCUCGCUCGAAACCUAGUUGCGAUUCGGCUUUCUCGGCGCUUGCCACUACGUCCAUCUGCCGAGUCGCUCGUUCAACGUGGAGUGCUUCCGCCCGAGAUCAUCGAGGGGCAUAUGGCCCCUGGUCUUGUCGCUAAAAAGCGUGCCGUCGAAAAGGAGAGGCUUAAGGAUGGCCUCCGACGUUGGGUUGGUGCCGUCUGGCGUGGAGAGGUUAGGGAAAGGAGUGAGGGUGUCAAAAAAUGGGAGGAGCGUGCCGGGGUUGGGAGGGUUUGGCGGUUGAGGCGGUUCUGGGAACGCGUGGGGAAGGAUACCGACGACGUCCAGGGUGUGAUGUGAUGAACCGGAUUCGUUCGAUGAGGAUGACACCCUCUGUUCAUCAUCGCUCACCAUAGUGGCUCGGCGUCCAUCUCUGUUUUGCAGGGGAUCUCAAGUUUGGAUGCAUGGAUGAUAUAUGACUGACGAAGACCAACAAGAAUUUGCUUAUGAGAACCUAUUCACAUAUGAAGACCUCAACUCUGCUAGAUACGCAGGAGGGUCACGUUUUUUAAAGGCGGCUGAUUUUUCAAACGAUUUAACCUAAUGACUAGGCGUUCGGGGAUAUCCUCUCGGUUUUCAGUUUCUGUCUCUGGGGAUUUC